AUCACAAUAAAUCGAAAGUUUCAAACAUCUUACACAAAUAGAAGUGAAUCAGCUAAUCCUGGGAGGAAUAUUUUGAUCACGCUUGAUUUCACUUUCUGGGACACCCUGUAAUGUCGAUUAUCUUGGUGUAUGAUAAUAAUUUGCAAUGCCACUUUUUGGUAAUUAUUGUCUAUCACGACCAGAAGAAAAACUUGAUGACAUUUUCUGGCAAUGGGCCUCACAAAAUUCUUUUGUUUAUAGUUGUCAAAAUUUUAAGCAUGAUCAUACAAUUUUGAAAAAAACAUAACUAAUAAAAUUUCCCAUCCCCAAAAACAAACCCAGAAUGGCGAAGCAGGAUGACGGGCUCUUCCUCCUGGAAGUGCUGAUCGACAAAAUUGUAUUCGUUAAAAGCCCCUGCUUCUCCGACAAGGACUUCAGGACUUGCGUGAAUAUAGAAUGCCCAGCUGUCGAGCCACUGGAGAUUUGUGACGAUGACCCUGGAGCUUGUGUCGCCAAAAGUGGAGGACCGUUCGUGAAAACUUUUAACAAUGGAAAAUCAUGUCUGUUUUCCCUCAAAGAAUCUGACAUAUCUUCAGCAAUGAGCAAAUUUCCUAUAAAAAUAUCAGUGUACAAAUCCCUCCCUUGUGGAUGCUUGCCGACCAAAAUUGUAAUGGGUGAGGCUACAAUUGAUAUGACCAAGGAGUUUGUAGAGGCUCGUAAAAAGUUUCUGCAAGACCCGACGACUGUAAGCUAUGAGGCACUGAAGGAUUCUUUCAGAAUUACUGGGCCAGAUGGAGCGGAAACUGGUGAAAUCGUAAUGUUCUUGCGUAUAUCAUGUUUCGGAAAAUUGAUAAUCACGAGAUUCCAAGGGGGUGGUGGUCCUCCAAAUCUUGGCGCUGGUUCUGGCGGUAACGCAAUUGUCGACCGUUCCUGCAACCCUCGAAGGGAUUUCCAAACUUCAAACGAUCCUUGUGUUUGUGGGGCAGCCCGAGGUCAGGGCAGCGCCGCCGGAGCAAGUGGUGGAGGCGGCGCUGGUGGUGCUCCCUGUUCCACUUGCGGUGCUGGGGGUGGUGGUUUUGGCGUCUGCCCUCCAGCCCGUGAUCCGUAUAACACGAUGCCAUGUCAGGAUCCUGAUGAUCCUUGUUACUGCACUGGGCCUAAACCUCCUACUAAACAACCAAUGGUCUGUAGAAACACUGAUCAAUAUUGCCUUCAUGUACCGAAAGGUACUCUGCUGAAUUUGCCGAUAACACAAGAUCUCACUGAAGAGCAAAAAUUGGAAAUAAGAGCAUCUUCUAAGGAUAUUGAUAAAUAUAGAAACCAUGAAUCUGUGAUUGAAAAUUACAACUAUAUGAAACUUCCAAUCAAUAGUUCAAUUCAUAAGUACUUUGAGAUAUCUGAUGAUCACCUGAAAGUACCAUACAAACUAUAUUCAGCAAGUGAAAAGUAUUCAGCUACAUCACUAAGUACCAUAAGGUCUAAAAGACGCAGUGUAUCAUUCUCAGAUACCAUUAAUUACGUUUCUAAGUCGCAUCAUUCCAUACAUAGUAUAAAAGAUGAAAACUGCAAACAAGACUUCUUCGCAGGCAACGAGAUAUUUGGAAAAAAAGAGACUACUGUUUAUAUGACACUAUUUGAUGAAUUUUGUCGCUAUCAAAACUCAACUCAGUCAACUACUGGAACACAGGCUACAGCCUCUAUAAACAAAUGUCUACAAGUGUGUUGCAAUAAUAGUUUAACUGAUACUACUUACCAGCCAGGAAAUUUAGGUAUAAGCCCACAUUGCUAUUCAUCAUACGCGAUGUCAGAAAGUCCAUAUCGUGAAAACAGAAAAUUAGACAAAAUGAGAUAUUCUGACGUAUAUUUCUUUGGAAGGAAGAAAGACGAAUCAAAAACAGAAAAAUUGGGGAUGGGAAGUUCUGGAUCCAAAUCGAAACGCCACAGAACUGAACAAACAACAACCAUGCCAGUUACAAACGAAUCAAGAACAGCACAAACCAGAAAAUCAAAAGGGGCGUCUGCUGGAACUUGUACAAAGACUGUUUCUAUAAAAGAAGAGAAGCCAUGUCCAAUGGAGAAACCAUGUCCUGCUGUAGCUUCUGUUGUUAAAGGCGAAAUGGUAGCCACUGUGUCACAUAUAAGGCUUGGUCCUCGAGAGCCUUGCCCGGUUCAUGGAAAAGAACCAUGUCAAGGACCUAAAUGUAUAGUCGCUUCAUCAGGGGAGGAACAAGCUCCUGUUAAAAUAACUACAAUGACUAACCCUCGACGCGGAGUAUUUGAAUUGGUAAUUCGUAGAAUCACUGGAGCUCCAUUGGCAAAGAAUGAACUGAUGUUAGAAUGGACACCACCACCUUCAAGGCCCCCAUCAUGUGGACUACCCUGUUCAGUUCCCUGUGUACCGCCGGUGCCCUGUCGACCUUCAAAAUGUAAAAUGAUUGUCUGCCGUCCUUCACCAUGCAAGCCAAAGGGGUGCAGAAAGCCGUGCGGUCCAUUGCCAUGUCGAUCUGUGCCAUGUAAGCUAUGCUGCAAAGUUUCAUGCGGCGGUAAACCUUGCCGACCUUGCAAACCUUGCAAACCGUGUAAGCCAUGUCGGGCCUGUAAGCCAUGCCCUCCCCCACGCUGUAGACCUUGCAAGCCAGUAUGUUGCAGACCCUGUAGAACUUGUCCACCACCACGCAAGAUCUUUAAAAAGCCAUGUCCACCACCACCUUGCAAACCGUGCAAACCGUGCAAGCCAUGUCCACCUUCACCUUGUAGCCUUUGCAUGACCUGCAUACCCUCGCCAUGUAACCCUUGCAAGCCUUGUCGACCUCCGCCUUGUAAACCUUCGCCAUGUAGACCUCCACCUUGUAGACCUCCGCCUUGCAGACCUUGUAGACCUCCACCUUGCAGACCUUGUAGACCUCCGCCUUGCAGACCUUGUAGACCUUGUAAGCCAAAACCUUGCCGCCCACCUUCACCUUGCAAGGCAUGCAGGCGUUGCAGGCCAUGUCCUCCGUCACCAUGCCGAGCGUGCAAGCGUUGCAGACCACCAUCGCCGUGUGGCCCCUGCAUGCCAUGCCCCCCCGCACUCUGUGCCCCCUGCCCGCCUUCGCCCUGUAGCACUCCAUGCUCGUUGCCUUGCUGCAAAAGUCCUUGCAGUUCUCCAUGUAAGAGCUCGCCUUGCUUGAGACCGUGUCCAGUUGGUCGAAAAAAGACUAGAAAAAGUAAAAGCUCACCAAAAAUAAAAGCUCACCGGAAACGCAUAUCCCCAUGCUGCAACCGUUCGAAGACAUGCCCCGUAGUGCGUUGUCGCAGCGUCCCUGGGCCGUGCCCUACCUGUAACGGCAUGCCGCUGUGCCCACCGCGAAAGUGUUGCUCCAUAUCCUCAUGUAAAUCGCCGAAAUGUUGCAAGAGUUGCUCAUCCUGCUGCGAUUAAAUAUAGAAUCAGUUCUGAAUUUAUCACAAUAAACACAUUUA